AUGGAUCUACCUAAACCCAAUAAUAGGAGACUUGAUAAAGAUAAAGUAACUAAUAACAACAACAAUGAACGAGAUAAUAAUAAUAUGCAUACAUCAAUAGACCAAGCAGAUAGGAUACUACAAGAAUUGGAUAGAAAAUUAUCAGGACUGUCAACUUCAUCAUCACAACAAACUCAAACAUCAUCAGUAAUACAUAAUCAUCAAUUUAAUGGAUUAGGUAAACAUAAUAUACAAUCUAAUAUAUUAAAUAAAUCUUCACAAUUACAACAACAAUUGGAAUCUAAAAAUGAUGAUCAAAUUUUAAAUUCAAAAGAUGAAAUGAUAUAUAAUCAUAUUUUCAAUCCUACUGAAAUAUUUAAUGAGGUAUCAAUGAAGAAUUUUAAAACUACUUUCAAUAAUCAGUAUAAUGAUGACAAACUAGCACUAAAUGGAGAUCAAAAUAGCACCAAAUCUAAUCUCAACAAAUCUUCGACAAGCAAUGGAUCAAAAGCAAUCGACAAUUCAACAGAUAAUAAUGGUAAACUAGUUCGAAAAAACUCAUUAAAUUUAACUCAACACAGAUUGGAAAAAUCUUCACAAGAAGAAUCAAAUAAAAAAUCAAGUUCAAUUCAAGAUGAAAAUAUACCGCAUAGAUUAGAAAUACUAGAAGGAUUACAAAAUUACAACAGUGAUGAUGAUAUUGAAGAAGAUCAAUUUGAUAAAGAAGAAAAUACACUAGAAUCGAACGCAGCAAACUCACAAUACGACCAAUUCAGUAUGGAAGAUGAAGAUGAAGAAGAGGGCGAAGAAGAUGAUGAAGAUUUAAUGAUGACAUUAUCUCCACCAAGAUCACCACCAUCAGAAUUAGAUCCAGAAAAAUUAUAUGGAUUAUAUGAUUUUUCAGGUCCUGAUCCAUCUCAUUGUUCAUUAUCAAGAGAUGAACCAGUACAUUUAGUAAAUGAUGAAGAUAAUUAUUGGUGGUUAAUUAAAAAAUUAACCAAGAUAGAAAGAAUUGAAAGAACAAAAAGUAGUGAUGAAAAUUUAAUGAAAUUUAAAAAUAUUGAUGAAUUAAGUUCAGAUGAAGAAGAUGGGAAAAUUGGAUUUGUUCCUGCUGAAUGUUUAGAAACUCAUGGUGAAAGAUUAGCAAGAUUAAAUUGUUUUAAAAAUGAAGAAAUUGAAAAAAAUUAUUCCACUGAUGAAAAUAAUUUAACUUUUAAAAAAAAAUCAAGUGUCAAAUCUUCAAAAUCUGUUACUUUUGUCAAUUUGAAAGAAAUGGAAGAAAAUGAAUCUGAAAAGGAUGACCAUUCCAAACAAAUAAAUGGGGAUGAUCAAGAUGUAGAUGAAGUAGAAGAUAACGAAAAAGAUGAGGAUAAAGAUGAAGAUUCAAUACGAAUUAAAAUUGAUAACAUUUAUUCUACAAUGGAUGAUCAGGAAAUACGGGAAAAUCUAGAUCAAUUUAACAUAGAAUCACCAGACUUGAAAAUAUCGAAGUCAAAUGAACAAGAAACUUUAAGUGAUGUUUACCCAUUGGAAACACCCUUGAUAAUUAACAAAAAAUCAUUAAAUAAAUCACCUGUUCAACCUACAACCAACUCAACAACAUCAACAAAAAUGACGACCCCCAUUUUACAACAAACAAAUAAAUUUAAUGAAUCAUUAUAUCAAAAACCAAAUAAAUUUAGUAAUUAUGACGCAUUUGAUGAAGUUUCAAUAGGAUCUUUUUCACCAGAUACUCCGUUGGAACUAAAAUCACCGAAGUUUAGAGAUAUAAACGAUGUGAAUAGAUCUCCCAAUUUAAGACGGCUGAUAAUUUUGGAUAGGUUGACUAAAGUAACUAGUGAUAUCGAAGAACAAAUGAAUCAAAAGUCUGAUGAUGAUGAGGAGGAAGUAACACAGUCAACAGGAAGUGAUGAGCAACUAGAUCAAAAUGAAAAUAUUCAAAAGUUAAAAGAUAUUGAUAGCGAUGAUGAUGAAGAAUUUUCAUUUGAUAGUUAUGCUCAAGAUCAUUCAAUUGAAAUUGCAAGAAAUUGCAAUAAUGAACCAAGUUACGAAAUAGGGGAAAAGAAUUUUAGUCCCGAAAAUUUACCAUAUAAACCUGAGCUGGGCUCAAGCAUAGAAGAAAUUGAUGCAGAAAGAUUUAUUGAAAACACUAAGAGUAAUGAUGAAUCAAAAUCACACACUCGACAAGAUGCACAAAAUUCAACCAUAAAUCUAAUCAACAAUUCCAUGAAUUUAUCUACUUCGUCAUUAACCUCAAACUUAUCAAAACUUGAAUCAAACAAUCCUUUUAGAUCAAACAAAAAAAGUAAUUCAUCAACUCCGCAACAACAACAAAUUUAUAGAACAUCAACUUCAUCAAUAAAUUACAUAUCAAGCGCUGAAAAAUUAAGAUCACCAUCGUCAAUCAUCACCCAACAACAACAAAAGGAUACUACUUAUGUACCUUCCUCAUCAUUAUCUCCAGCCGGUGCUAACAACUAUUAUAAUAAAAAUAUACCAAAGAGUUCAACAAGUAUAAUAGAUGAAGAAGUAGAAAUAUUAAGUGAUAUUGAUAAUGAUUAUUCAAAUCAAAAUUUUGAAGAAAAUAAUAUAACACCAUUAACAAGUAUGAAUUCAUUAACUCCUCAACAGAAUACAAAUAAUUCAAAUAAUACAUUACUUAAAAGCAGUAAUAAAGAAAAUAGUAGUUCAAUACAUGUUUCAUCUUCCGUAUUGCUUGAUAAAAUUAUUGAAAAAGAGAAAAUAACUCCCAUAAAAGAAAAACGAAAAUCUAGAGCUGUUAAUGAUAUGUUUAUGCCUAUUUUGGGAAAAUUUGAUGAAUUAGCUGAAAAAUUAGCUGAAUUGGAUGAUUAUUUAAGAUAA